GGCAGCGCUGGCGCUGGGGACCGGCUCGGUGGCUUCGGGAGACAGUUUGGUGUCGGCGUCCGCCUGCGUUACUCCGAAUCCCGCCCUCGGCACGGCUCGCAGCCCCCUCACCACCGGCGCCCGACGAUGUGUCUCAGCAGCCGGGCGUAGCAGCUGCGCGUGCGCGGAACCGCGGGGCCAUGAGCGAAGCCGGCGGCGGCCGGGGCUGUGGGUCCCCGGUCCCCCAGCGAGCGUCAUGGAGCCUGGUGGCAGCGGCGGCCGCGCUCUGCCUGGUGUCGGCCACAUCCGUGUGGACCGCGGGGGCCGCGCCCAUGAGUAGGGAGGAGAAACAGAAGCUUGGGAAUCAAGUACUGGAAAUGUUUGAUCAUGCUUAUGGUAACUAUAUGGAACAUGCUUACCCAGCUGAUGAACUCAUGCCUUUAACCUGUAGAGGUCGUGUUAGAGGCCAGGAGCCAAGUCGGGGUGAUGUCGAUGAUGCCUUGGGAAAAUUUUCCCUGACACUGAUUGAUUCUUUGGAUACUCUUGUGGUAUUAAAUAAAACUAAAGAAUUUGAAGAUGCGGUGAGAAAAGUUUUAAGAGAUGUUAAUUUAGAUAAUGAUGUAGUUGUAUCAGUCUUUGAAACAAACAUCAGAGUUCUUGGGGGUCUUUUGGGUGGACACUCACUGGCAAUCAUGCUGAAAGAAAAAGGCGAAUACAUGCAGUGGUACAGUGACGAGCUUCUCCAAAUGGCAAAGCAAUUGGGUUACAAACUGUUACCAGCUUUUAAUACUACCAGUGGCCUUCCUUACCCAAGAAUUAAUUUAAAGUUUGGCAUCAGAAAACCAGAAGCCCGGACAGGAACUGAGACAGAUACCUGUACAGCUUGUGCAGGUACCUUGAUCCUUGAGUUUGCUGCUUUAAGUCGAUUCACAGGAGCAACAAUAUUUGAGGAAUAUGCAAGAAAAGCUCUUGAUUUUCUCUGGGAAAAAAGACAACGAAGUAGUAAUUUAGUGGGUGUGACUAUAAAUAUUCAUACUGGAGAUUGGGUACGAAAAGAUAGUGGAGUUGGAGCAGGGAUUGAUUCAUAUUACGAAUAUCUAUUGAAAGCCUAUGUCUUGCUUGGAGAUGACAGUUUUCUGGAAAGAUUCAAUACACACUAUGAUGCCAUAAUGAGGUACAUUAGCCAGCCACCUCUUCUGCUUGAUGUGCAUAUUCACAAACCAAUGCUGAAUGCUCGGACUUGGAUGGAUGCUCUGCUAGCUUUUUUUCCGGGUUUACAGGUUUUAAAGGGGGAUAUUAGACCUGCUAUUGAAACUCAUGAAAUGUUGUAUCAGGUGAUUAAAAAACACAAUUUUCUACCAGAGGCAUUUACCACAGAUUUCAGGGUACAUUGGGCUCAACAUCCUUUAAGGCCAGAAUUUGCAGAAAGUACCUACUUCUUAUAUAAAGCUACAGGAGAUCCUUACUACCUUGAAGUAGGGAAAACACUUAUUGAAAAUUUAAAUAAAUAUGCUAGAGUGCCUUGUGGAUUUGCUGCCAUGAAGGAUGUUCGUACUGGAAGUCAUGAGGACAGGAUGGAUUCUUUCUUUUUGGCUGAAAUGUUUAAAUAUCUUUACCUAUUAUUUGCUGAUAAAGAAGACAUUAUUUUUGACAUAGAAGAUUACAUCUUUACGACAGAAGCUCAUCUCUUACCUCUUUGGCUCUCUACUACAAAUCAAAACAUCUCUAAGAAGAACACAACCUCAGAAUAUACAGAACUGGAUGACAGUAAUUUUGAUUGGACUUGUCCAAAUACUCAAAUUCUCUUCCCUAAUGACCCGUUGUAUGCUCAGAGCAUUCGUGAACCCUUGAAAAAUGUGGUGGAUAAGAGUUGUCCUAGAGGCAUCAUCAGAGUAGAGGAGAGUUUCAGGAGUGGAGCUAAACCCCCUCUCAGAGCCAGAGAUUUCAUGGCCACUAACCCUGAGCAUUUAGAAAUCCUGAAGAAGAUGGGGGUGAGUUUGAUUCACCUCAAAGAUGGGAGAGUCCAGUUGGUCCAACAUGCAAUCCAAGCUGCUAGUUCAAUUGACGCUGAAGAUGGGUUGAGGUUUAUGCAGGAGAUGAUCGAAUUGUCAAGUCAGCAACAGAAAGAGCAGCAGCUACCUCCACGAGCUGUACAAAUUGUUUCCCACCCAUUUUUUGGCAGGGUAGUAUUGACUGCAGGACCAGCUCAGUUUGGGCUGGAUCUGUCUAAACAUAAAGAGACAAGAGGAUUUGUUGCAAGCAGUAAACCAUACAAUGGUUGUUCAGAGCUUACCAAUCCUGAGGCAGUGAUGGGAAAAAUCGCAUUGAUACAAAGAGGACAGUGCAUGUUUGCAGAAAAGGCACGCAAUAUCCAAAAUGCUGGAGCCAUUGGUGGCAUUGUUAUUGAUGACAAUGAGGGGAGCAGCAGUGAUACUGCCCCUCUGUUCCAGAUGGCAGGUGAUGGAAAGGAUACAGAUGACAUCAAGAUCCCCAUGCUGUUCUUAUUCAGCAAAGAAGGAAGUAUCAUACUGGACGCCGUCCGGGAGUACGAGGAAGUAGAAGUGCUGCUUUCUGACAAAGCGAAAGAUCGAGAUCCUGAAAUAGAAAAUGAAGAACCAUCCUCUGAGAAUGAUUCUCAGAAUCAAAGUGCUGAACAGAUUACGUCGCGUUCUCAGGAGGUUGAUUUGGUUGAUCAAGAAUCUCCUGAGGAAAGUUCUCUAAACUCUCACCCAGAAUCAUUAUCUCCAGCAGAUACAGACAGUGCUGCAAGUGUUUUCCCUUCUGAACAGACUUCUGAUCCCACAGAAAGCCGUGAGACUACAAGUCUUGAUGGUGAAUGUACAGAUUUAGAUAACCAGGAACAAUCAGAAACUGAGGAGGAUUCCAAUCCAAAUGUUAGCUGGGGUAAAAAGGUCCAGCCUAUAGACUCCAUAUUAGCAGACUGGAAUGAAGAUUUAGAAGCAUUUGAAAUGAUGGAGAAGGAUGAACUAUGACUCUGUAAAGAAUAUGGUGGUAGGUAUUUAAAAAGAAAAGUUAAACUGUGGUUAAUAGACACCCUAAUACCAAGCAGGCUCUCUAAUGGGAGGCUUUAAGUAUGGUGAUGAGUAACCACGUUCUGACUGGAUAGUUAUCAUAUGGAACUGGAGCAUGCUGUGUUAGAAUUGACCUGGUUUAAAACUGUCCCAUCAAGUGUGGAAACUCACAGUUCCCCUCAAGUGACAGCAUUGCACUGCUCUGCAACACCUCAGGCCUGGGAAACAUUACUGGGCAUUCCUGGGAAUCAGAUUUCUGCAUAAACAAGAAACAAAUUCAGUUAAUAGUGGAGUGGGGAAUAGGAGUUUGUAUAGCUUUCUAAUUAAAGGAAGCUUGGCUUCUUGGUUUUGGGGUUAGAGGUUCUUUAGGAAAGACGCGUAUGAGAAUUGUGGCAUUCUGGUGACGCUGCCUUCACAAAAACACUAGAAGUGACCUAAGUGGUUAUGAAGCAAAUGUGUUCAUGAUGAGAACAGACUGCUCAUCACUUUCACGUGCUUUAUUCAGUGUCAGGUGAUCAAGAUGACUUGAUAUUUUUUCCCCUCUUAACAAUGUCCUUUUCAUUUAAACCAAAGGUGAAGCCAGUGUACUUUCUCAGUGAGUUCUCUGCAUAAAGACUAAUCAGUGAGACCAGGUAAAAAGGUCAUUUAUGAUGUAUUGUGGAAAUCGGUAUACUAUUGAAAAGUGGAGCAAGGAAGAAACUAUAAUGUUGCAAUAUGAACUUCCCAUUGGGCCUUCCAUAGGGAAAGCUAUGACUACUCUGAAAUGGAAUUUAGCAUUGUAUCCUUGUAGGGUAGAUUAUAAAUCUUUUCCAGUUCAUUUCUUUUAGAGGUGGUUACCUCUAGCCAUCAGCCUUACUCCAUCCCAUGUUCGUGUGCAAUGUGAGCCGCAAGGCCUGUAUCGCCAACAGCGAUUUUGUUCCAUUUUUCUGUCUCAUGGAGCCGUGAUAAAACUGUGGUAGUGAUCUAAUAUUUCUAGGGUAACUGCCGUUUUUCUUCUUUGAAACUUUGGUUUCUAAAGUUGCACCUAAGGAGUCUGUCACAUUUUCUGUUGAAUCAUGGUUUUUACAUUUGCUUUUUCUUUCUUUUUUUUUUUUAAACAAAUAUUCCUUCUGAUAUGGACUUGAAAAUUAGUCUGUGGUGGCCUGUGUAAAAAAUUUACACAGUGGCAACUACAUAUAGCCAUAUAGCUUAAUGAGGAAUUUUUUCCAUUUCUUUUUGGUGGCAGUCUGUUGCUGGCCACAUUUAAGUUUUUAAAAUUUUGUUUUUGAUAAUCCGUAGACAGCCCUGUAGUUGAAAUCAUGGCUUUAAUCAUUUUAUUUAUUUUUUAAAACUUAUCUGAGUCAGUUCUAAAGGAAUAUUUGAGAGAAUUUUCUUUCUGUUUACCAUGACAUUACACAAUAACCUUUUCCUAAAACGGUUUUGAGGUACUGAUGAACUUAAACUGUACAUGGAGCUGUUAAAGAACAGCAGUGCUGUAUUGUAGUUAUGUAUAUUCAUGUACAGUGUGUCUUAGAUGCCAAGUAAACAUAUUCUUUUAUAAGGGGAUAAAUACCUGUUUUCAAAAAUUUCAGCUAAAUAUAAUUGAGUCAAUGAGUAAUCUAGUAGAGAAUUCACUUUGGGGAAGGGGAUUAAAAGAGUAGCUAUACAAGACCUUUAUUGGCCCUUAAUUAAACCUGACACCAAAAAUGGAUAUUUUUAGUCUCUGUGCAUGUGAAAUUUGGUGUAAGAAGAUAGAACUAUAAUACAUACAGUAUAAGGAAGGAUAGACGUAGUGCAUUGUUCAUCUUAAAUCGCAAAGCUGCCAAAAUAGCUGAAGCUUAAUUACUUGCCUUGAUUUUUAGGACUGGGGCUUGGAGAAAAGGAGCAGAUGUUCCUCUAAGACUUUGAUUACAGAAGCCUUAUAUCCAUUCAUUUGAUUUCGUAUUUGUAGCGCAAAGCUAUUGUCGUCUGAAUCUAACUUUUCUAAGUUACUGGAACAACAUAAUUUUUUUUCAACAAGAAGAACUUAAUGGCAUGCAGGAUCGUGUAACACACUAGGGAAAGCCAGCUUACCACCACUUUUCCUUCCUUUGGCCGUUAGGGGGAGGUGUUGCCUUUCAUUGAAGUGUAGAAGCAAAUUGUUCACGUGUUUAGAAAACUAAAUUCUUCAAAAAAAAAAAAAGAAAGAAAGAAAGAAAAGAAAAAAAUUUAACCCAUUGUACUUACUACCCGGAAAGAAUUAAACUUACUUUUUCUCUAGUUAAGAAAAGAGGAUAUAAUGUUAGGCCCCAAAACUCCAACAUUGUAAUUGACUCUCUACCUUCAUUUACUUGUUUGACAUACUGCCACAAAGUUUUUGAGUUUAUUUUUAAAAUUCCAACAGCACUAGUUUUUUUUUUUUUUUUUUUUUUAAAUACCUUUUAUAGACAUUUUAUUUACUUGCUAAAGAUUCAGGGGAUUCUAUGAGACCCUGAAUUUAGAAACAUCUGGUCUACCUCAGUUAAAUGUUGACUGCUUAGAAAUAGAGCUGAAGUGAUCACCACAGCCAUAAAAUUGUUUGACUAAGAAAGAUUUAUACAAUGUUUACAAACCUGGAAUCAAGUAAGGAUUUUAUCUGAAAGUUAAAAGUUAGAUAUUAGAAUAAGUUUUUAAUUCAGGUAUUUUCAAGUUUUAAACCUUAACUUGUUUACCUACUAAAAAUAAAAUAGCUAUAGUUUUUUCUGCUUAUAAAAGUCCAUUUAAAUGAUAUACCCUAAUUUGCAAUACUUUUCCUGUAAAGUUUUAGGUAUGAAAGAAUUGUAAUUUGCUAUGUUUGGGAUGGGCUAUUUUGUUGGGUUGGUCUUCUUUUUUCUUUUUAACCUAUAAUAGGUUUACGAAAAGAGUAGAAUUGAUUCAGAACAAAUUAUUUUUUUGACCUUAUGCUUUUCCCUUUUCUUCACAGUAUUAGAGAGUAAAAUGAAAAAUUGUGCACUCUCUGAUUUUAACUUCUCUAAUAUAAAUAAUCUUAAGAAUUUUUAAAAAUUUAAAUUACCAUCACACAGCCCUUUUUAUAGCAAAGCCAUCAUUUGUUCUCUCACCAAACCCCAUGCCAAAUGCAUCAUAAAGAAAGCUCAGCAUAAGUAAUUCAAAUAGUGCUUAUAAUUUUAGAGGGGGGGUGGAAUUUAGUAAAUAUUCCAACAGGUCAUUUUAUGCACAAGGCUUCAGUCAGAACAUAGAAAAAAAACAUUCUGUGAAUGAAAUAUUGUAUGUUCAGAUUUUAUAAAAGACGUUUUUAAAAGCCCAAUUUACAGCCGUAUAUUUUCUUAUGAUGUAAUUUAUGAAAAAGAUGUCUGUACUAACAGGUGCUGUAACACUACUGUUGUUGGAUUUUAUUGUUUGGUGAUAAAUGUAUACAAUAUUUCUAAGGGAAACUAUGUACUGUGAUGUAAAAGUCUGGGCAAAAUGUAUAUAAUACUUGUAUAUAAUUGUGUAUUUGAUUAUAAUUACUGAUUGUAAAAAUUUAAUAAAAUAUGUAAAUAUUC